AUGAACAAAUACACUGACAGAUCAAGACCCCAAACUACACGCUCUUUAGUAAAAAGGCCACAAACCAGCUCAGCUGGGUCUUUAUCAUCACGUGCUGCAACAGCUUCGACGCUUUUUAGGCCCAAGCUUUUAAUAGAUAAUCUUAUUCAGACAAUUGAUAAGCCAUCAAUGACAAAUAGGUUUAAUUUAUUGCAUGAUAAUCAUUGAGAAAAAUUAGAUGAAUUCGAGCAUAUGAAACCAGACGAUUCACAAUACCAAGUUGAGCUUUAUUUUCCAAAAAAACCGCUCACAAGUGAUAUAUGUGGCUUAACAUUAAGAGAAAAUGAGAGACUUUCAAGAAAAUCGCUUUCAGUUAGCAGCACUCCAAUUAUAGGGAACGAUGAAUUUAUGAUUAAUGAAAAAACACAUAGAAGGCUACCUUCAGAACAGGAUUUUACAAAAAUUUUAAAUAGGCUGGAAAUGGUUAUUUCGAAUAAAAAUUUAGGAAAUAGAAGAAUGGAGCUUGUAGAAGGGGAACGCUUUGAUGAUUAUUUAGAAAUUGGAGAAAGUCAUUAUUUUCGGGUAAGUGUAUUGUUCAUGGACCUUUAUGGAUAGAUCUUGUUGAAAAUGUAACCGCUAUAAUGGACUUCACAUUUUGAGCAUCUUAGACCAGACCCCUCACUAUUUAGAGAAAUAUUCAGUUCUUAAUAAAAAAGUUUGAGAGCUUUAAAUUAGUUCAAUAUAGUUUUAUAUAAUUGUUUUUAAAAAUAUUUCUAAUAAUUAGCAUAAAAGCUCGGCAAAAUAAAGAUAUAUUUAUAUUUAAAAUGGCUAUUCUCUCUUUAUGCUUGGAAAGUGGUAAUUUCGCGCGAAAAUGACUAGUCAAAAAUUUUGACAAGUGUGAACUUUUGACAAUUAAACGAGUUUAAAAUGGGGAUUAAUAUAAAAAUAAAUUUAUGACCCUUUUAGACUAAAAAUUAUCAGUAUCUUAUAUAUUUUUUCCGUUUUCAAUAGAAUUAGGUUCCAACAAGUAUAUGAAGUUACAUUCUAAGUCCAUAAUCACAAAUAAGGGUAUUUUUUCUAAGAGAGUAUAACCAUUUUAGUUUAUGCAAAUAUUAUAAAAAUUAAGAUUUAAUUUAAGAAAUAAGUUUUAUAGCAAGUUUUAAAUACUUAAAAUAUGAGGACCGCAUAAGGUGAUGAUAUAACCAAAAAAAAUAAAAAAAAUCAAAAUGUACGCUUGUCCAGAAAGCAGAAAUUAAGCUACAAACAAUUGCUAUCAUCGCUUAAAAAAUAUAAAGUUCCAGAUAUUCCUCAUAAGGCGAAAUAACAAUUUUAAUUUUUGUCAUGGCUUAAGAAAAUCAAGAUAGAGAUAUAAUGAACAAAAAAAUUUAGUAUGUGCUUGUCCAGAAAGUGGAAAUUAAUGCUACAAAUAAUUAUAAUUAUUUCGAGAACUAUCCUAAAUUAAAAUUAUUUUUAUAUUAAUCCCCAUUUUAAAAAUUGGUUCGUUUAAUUGUCAAAAUAUUUCACACUUGUCAACAUUUUUGGCAAGUCAUUUUUAAUUCCCGUAUUUGGGCCAAGCCAUUUUCCCGCGAAAUUAAUGCUUUUCAAGUGUAAAGAGAGAAGAUCCACUUUAAAUAUAAAUAUAUCUUUAUUUUGCCGAGUUCCAUACUAAUUAUUAUAAAUAUUUUUAAAAGUAUUAAAAAGCAAUUAUAUAAAAAAAAACUAUACUGAGCUAGUUUAAAGCUUCAAAUUUUUUUUAUUAAGAACUGAAUAUUUCUCUAAUUAGUGAGGGGUCUGGUCUAAGAUACACAAGAGAGCGGUUACAUUUUCAAUGAUGUCAAUCUAUAAAGGUUCAUGAGCUAUAAAAGGGAAAAAAUGUCCUAUGAGGGUGAUAAUAAAAUGUGCCAAAGGAAAAGUGAAAACUUUUGUCUCAAGAACUGCAAUUAUGCCAAGCGAAGCUACGUAUGACCAAGCUUCAAAGUCUUAUAAUUUUGAAGUUUCUGACCCUGGAUUAAGAUUCAGAGCUGAAACUAUAAAUUUAGGGAUUUAUGCAGUUUUUGACUCAAAUUAUUCAAUUAUUAUUGCUUUUGGACGAGAAAACGAGCACAAAUCCACCCAAAACAGAUAUGACCCUAAAGACAAUGACGAAGCAUACCAGAGUGAAAUAGCCAAAAUAAUGGAAAUGGACUUAGAAAAGCACAGAGCACAAUACACCCAAAAAAAAACAAUUAAAGGAAUAUUAGGAGUCUCCGCAAAGCCUUUGACUUGAGAAAUCAGACAUAAGCAGACAAUCGAAAGAAAAAAGAAAUUUUUAUUAGAAAAAAGAAAAAAAGCUGAAAUGAUGAUAAUUAGAAAUGAAAUAAAGCGAGCAGAAGAAAGAAAACAAAGGGAAUACAAAGAAGCUGAAGCUAUUUUGCAAGCCCAGCAAAAACUUUGGAUUGUAUUAAUAAAAUUCGUGCAGGGGCUUGAAACCUUAAACGAAAGAAAAAGAAAAGAAAGAUCUAAGACUUUAUCAAAAUUAAAAGAAAAUGGGUCUGCAAGGAAAAUUCAGAUGUUUUAUAGAAAAAAAAAGCAAAAUGUGACCUCAAAUGAUAUCAAUUUAUUGAGAGCUGGCCCAUUGUUGAAGCUUUAUUCGCAUAAUAUAAAAAUAAUAAUAAACAGAGACGUAAAAGAGAAAUUAUUGAAGCUGAUAAAACAGAGUGCCAGGAUGAGAGAUAUUCCCACGCAUUUUAAUGAUUAUUAUUUAUGUGCUGUAAAAAUCCAGAAAGCAUGAGCCCUUUAUGUAAAAAAGAAAAACGAAAGAUGAAGCUUGCUUAUUGAGCUGUGAAAUCAAGGCAUGCAAAUUUAUAUUAAUUCACAAGUAAAGCCGAAAUCUGGAAAAGGAAAAGGGAAAGGAAAUUCCCAGCCUAAAGUGCCGAGCAUUCCAGAUAUACAAAGAGAUAGAAUUUUAACUGAAUUCAUUAGAGAAUGCAAAAGAAAAUACUUUAAAGAACUCGAUAAAUUUUAUGAAAGCAAAGGAUAUUUGCUUAAUUUAGCUGCAGGAGCUUUGCAGUCUCAAGAAAGCCCUAAAAGGGUAAAAAAAGAAUACCCUCCAAGUUUUGUAUUUAGCCCUAAUCUUGACGAUAUUGCGAAAUUAAUUGAAAAAGCUAUAAAACUACAAGUAAAUUAA